AUGUCCCUCACCUCCACGACGUCACUACCCCCCGCCCACGCCACCGCGGACGCCUCGCUGUGGGAGGCGCUUGCGGCGGAGUGCCGGAAGUGUUCAAUGAGCCUCUGCAAGUGCAAGCACGAGACCGAGCGGCUUGUGCGCUCGAUGGAAGGAGUGCUGUUCUGUGUUGCACUCGAGGACAUGCCGCACUCCGUGUGCGGUGCGAAGCAUUUCAGCGCUGCUUCACCUCCUCUCGGUUUGCUCUAG